GUACACCCGCGCACAGGCUCUCUCUUCACGCUUCCCUAAACCCACUGCCACACGCGCACUACACACUUCCCCCACACUCUGCUCUGUCCAAACUCCAAACCCCUGCCUGCACCUCUCCCUCCAACCCGAAUCAAAAUCGGCACUCAAAGAACCGCUGCCGCCCACGCGCCAGCCCCGCCGUAAUGGCAGCCUCCGCCGCCGACGCCGGAGAGCGGUCUUCGGCCGCGGCCCGCCUCCGCCUCGCCUGGCGCGUCGUGCGCGCGGCGGAGCUCCUGGCGCUGGCCUUCCUCGUCUCCCGCUCCUUCCCGCGCCUCCCCUACGCCGCCGCCGCGGCCUCCUCCGCGCUCCGCGUCGCCGCCUCGCUCCUCCUCCACCCGCGCUCCGUCUUCCUCAUCGCCAACGCCAUCGUGCUCCUCCUCUUCCUCUUCUCCCGCCGCGACCCGUCCUCCUCGUCCUCUUCCUCCGGCCAGGACGCCCACGACCACUUCCUCUCCUUCGCGGGCCAGCCGCUGCUGCUGCCGUCGGCCGCCGACUCGCCGGCCGCGGCGGCCGGGGCGGACGCCGUGUUCGAGGACAAGCAGGCGGUGCACGUGACCACGGUGCGCGCCGCCGCCGCCCCGCGCCGGAGCCGGUCGGAGAAAAUCUCUGGCGGGACGCGGAGGGCGGGCUCGCCGGAUAUGCGCCGGUCGGAGUCGGACAACGGGCGGCGGCGGCGGCGGUCGACGUCUUCGGCGGUGCCGGAGGAAUGGGGCGGCGCGGAGGACGACGACGACAAGGAGGGGGAGGAGUUCCGGAGGGCCGUCGAGGCGUUCAUCGCCAAGCAGCAGACGCGGUUCCACCGCGAGGAGUCCUUCGGGCUGCUCGUCGCCGGAGACGAUGCUCAGGCCAUCACCGUAGCUGCUGCCGUGUCGCCAGUGAAGUGAUGAGCGAGUUGGUAGUAACAUAUUCGAGUGUGAAACGACGGAUCGGUGUGUGUAAAGAAUUUUCUUGGUGCCUUGUUUAGUGUACAAGUUUUGCCUUUUUGCUUCUUGUCUUUCUACCAUCUGAA